GGCGAAAUGACCCAUUUGCCAAUCCCAAGGUUUGCUCUCAACCCCAAUUACCUCCCUGGACGACCAAACAAAAUCACAUUACUCUCACCGAACAUCCCCUCAAUCCACAAUGGAACACGGCGCCGCAACGGCGGCGCUACCAGACGCUUUUCUCAACUUCUUAGAAUCCAACGGAAUCGAUCCAUCCAUUUACACUUCAAUUGAUUCCACUCCACGAUACAUUCGGUUAAAACCUGGUUUCGAAGAUUACAUCGAAGAGUUUGAAUCAGAAGUUAAAUGUAAACCCCAAAAAUUGGAUUGGUUGCCAGGGUUUUAUACUCUUCCACCCAAUAUUCAAAUUGCUAGCACUAAGGCAUAUCAAGAAGGAAAGAUAUAUGGAAUUGAUGCAUCUUCUGGAGCUGCUGUUAUGGCUUUAGGUAUUGAACCAGGGGAUCAUGUGUUGGAUCUAUGUGCUGCUCCUGGUGCUAAACUUUGUAUGAUGCUUGACCUUCUUGGUGAUUCGGGCUCUGUAACUGGAGUUGAUGCUGCAAGGCAUCGGUUGGCAGCCUGUAGAACAAUGCUGCAGAAAUAUAAACUGGGUGAUCGAUGCCGACUUUUUGUUGCGGAUGGAACAACAUUUUCGGUUAUUCCUCUAGGGUUUUGUUCUGAUUCAUCAGGUGAGUCUAGAUUGGAAGAAAGAAUGGAUGUGUUCAAGGAGUGGACAUCUAGAAGACCAUGGAAAGAGAGGAAAAGAACAAAGAAGUGUGGCACUCCACAAGUGGUGUCUAAGUCUCACCCUCCUGAACUCAUAUAUUAUGGAGGACAUUCUGGAGUUAUAGGUCUUACCAAAGGAGAAUUAUAUAAGACUGCAUCUAAAAAUGAAAUUGCAAGCUAUGGCUAUGACAAAGUCCUUGUGGAUGCAGAAUGCACUCAUGAUGGCUCAAUUAAACAUAUUCAGAAGUUUGAACAAUGGGGCUGGAUAACACUUCAACGCCGUGUGCUGGAUGCUGAGAGGACAGAUGAUUUACAUGCUCUUCAGCUGAAUCUUCUAACCAACGGUUUCAGACUACUAAAAGUUGGAGGAUCACUUGUCUAUAGCACUUGCAGCUUAACUGUUGCUCAAAAUGAAGAUGUGAUGGAGCAAUUCUUGAAGGAAAAUAUAACAGCUGAGUUGACCGAGAUAGAUGCUGCUAGAAAUUGGCCUUGCAAGGGUGGCCGCAUACGAAAAACAUGGCGAUUUGACCCAUUAACAUCACAAACUAGUGGACUCUUUGUAGCCAAGUUCAGAAAAGUAGUCAUUUGAUCUUCUUGUUACGUCCUCAGAAAAUAUUGUUUCCAAUAGCCAAAUAGUUUUAGAUGUGAUGCAAGUAUAAUAGGAGGUUUCAUGUAGAGGAUAUUUUGUUGUUAUUAUUACUUUUAUUGAAAUUUAAAUCACUGAGAUCUAUGAUGUUUGCUAGCAUAGAAUCCUGGGAACGACUAAAAUGGACCAUGGUCCACAACAGAUCGCAUUAUUCAUUCAAUCCCA